UGUCGAGAAUCUGUCUACAACUUGCGCAAAGUUACAUCAGUCGCUUUAUAAUAGAUGAGUUGAUGCUUAAUGCCUAAAGAAGAUAAAAUAAUUAAAUAAUACUAAAAAAGUGUAGCUAUUAUUAUAUCUAAUGUUUACAGAUUCGGAGUUUUCGCACGGUUUAUAAGUUCAGCUUAAAAACUCCGUGAAAGUGAAUAGUCGUCCAGGAUCAUUCAUUAGAUUUAAAACCAAGCGGACGCGUUCUAGCUGUCUCCAUUCACUCCUCCAGUGUGGAACUGAAGGAUGUCCCAUCAUGCUUUGCUCUCGUUAGGGGCCACAGCAUGGCGCUGCCUGUCCUGCCCCAAAUCUGAACUCCGCCUGGACCUGACAUUGGGAUGUGGGCAAAGUUUCAGAUGGCGUGAGACAGGAGAAGGCCACUGGACAGGAGUGAUGGGGGGACGAGUGUGGACGCUAACUCAGACGGAGGACACUUUAUGGUACCAUGUGUACAGACGCCACUCUGAUCCAGGUCUCAUUAAAGGACGGAAAAGGAAAAAGGCAGCGAACUCCCAAGAGUCAGCGAAGAAGCUUAAAGAAAUGUCUGUUGUGAAGGAGGAAGAAGACGCUGAAAGCUUUUAUACAUCGACCUCAGAGCAGGAUGGCGACGACGUGGAGGUGCUGAGAGACUAUUUCCAGUUAAGUGUUAAACUGGAGGACUUGUACAAAGAAUGGGGUGAUGCAGAUCCACACUUCAGCCACACGGGCAACAUCUUCUCAGGAGUGCGCAUGUUGCGCCAGGACCCUGUAGAGUGUCUCUUCUCGUUCAUCUGCAGCUCGAAUAAUCACAUCUCUCGUAUUCAGGGUAUGAUCGAGCGUCUGUGUAGCACGCUUGGGACGCCACUUUGCAAGCUCGAUGAUAGUGUGUAUCACGACUUCCCCUCCAUAGAGGUUUUAGCAGAGAGCAGUGUCAAGGCCCAGCUACUGGAUUUGGGUUUUGGCUACCGAGCUCGCUUCCUCCAGCAAAGUGCGCACCAGAUUAUGAGCUCCCAUGGUCCUAAGUGGCUCCUUACACUCCGUAACGCCUCCUACAUGCAGGCCAGAGAUGCUCUGCUUACACUCCCUGGUGUUGGCCCAAAGGUGGCCGACUGCGUUUGUUUAAUGUCACUGGACAAGUCUGAAGCCGUACCUAUAGACACACACGUGCUGCAGAUUGCAAAGCGUGACUAUAACUAUGUUCCCGGAGGUGGACAAAAGACUCUGACUAAUAAAGUCUACAAGGAGAUCGGGGAUUUCUUCAGAACGCUUUGGGGAUCCUAUGCAGGCUGGGCUCAUUCUGUUUUGUUCUGUGCCGAUCUGAAGAAGUUUCAGAACCUUAAAGAAAUCCCAACCAUAAAAGAAGAAAAGCAGCAAGCCACGAAACAAAGAAAAAGAAUACAAACUGUAAAAACAGAGGCCAAAUGAAAAAGGAAGGAGGAGACUAAGAUCAACAGUCUGGUAUAUAUCUCUGUUUCACAUGAAGCUCUUUUGCUGGACAGAUUUCUUUUGACUGGAAGAAAAGCUCAAGGAUGAAAUCAGGCUUUUAGUAUCAGUGACUGUUAGUGUUGCAUAUUAAAUAUUGGUGUUGGUGGAAAUUCAGCUCCCAAUGGAAAAAAACCCAAUGGUUAAAAUGAUAGUUGUAUGUGGGGUAAAUAGUUUUAUAUAAAAUAAGCUGAAAACUGUGCUGUGUGUGUGUGUGUGUGUGUGUGUGUGUGUGUGUGUGUGUGUAUGUGUGAGAGUGAACUUUUUCGAUUAGAGACACCUGAUAGUUAUACUUUUCUGCUUUUUUAACUGAAGAAAAUUUCAAGAUUGCCCAAUGAAAAUAUAAUUAGCUGAAAAAUAAUACAUAUUUAUAACUUACUUUUUUAUGUGAUCUAACUUCUAGUCUGUAAAAUAAUAUGCCUCGGGCCAAAAAAAACAAAAACAAGAUGGUAUCACUCAGGUCUAGAAAAUGAGAUGCUAUUAAUAAUUUAUAAGUGAUGGACAGUAAUGAAUUACAAUUACUUUAUUACUUAAGUA